CCUUCCACUGCUGACGACGAGAUGGCAAGCUGGGGAACAGUUUUCCUACUUCUGACGGUGCUGACGGCGGCGCUGACGAGGGAUACCGCGAGCCAAGAUCUAAGAGCCCCCGAGCAUGGACAGAAGAGCCUGCUGGUGGCGGAGGGCGUGCAGGAGGCGAGGGAAGCGAGAGGUAAGGAAGUAGAAGUCCCGGAGGAGGUAAAAGCGAAGAGAAUAUUGAAAAAGAAGAAGAAGAUGAAGAAGGAAGAGAAGAAAGGUGACCAGAAGAGUGAAGAGAAGAAGAAGAAGAGGAGGAAGAAGGUAAAGGGAGGGAAGAAGGGUGAUCUGAAAAAUAAAGAGAAGAGGAGGAAGAAGGUGAAGAAGGAAGGGAAGAGAGGUGACCAGAAGAAUGGAGAGAAGAAGAAGAGAAGGAGGAGGAAGAAGGUGAAGAAGGAAGGGAAGGGAGGUGACCAGAAGAAUGGAGAGAAGAAGAGGAAGAAGAGGAAGGGAAUGGCUAGAAAGGCGUGUCCCGGAGGUCAGUGUGUACCCUCGGCCGAGCAGUGUGGGGAUGGCAGGGCAGUGCGGGCAGCCACUUGCAAGUCAGGCGUCUGCUGCGUGACAGCAUCAAAAAAGAAAGGAGAGAAAGGAGAUGCGAGAGGCAAGAAGAAGAAGAAGAAUGCCGUGCGGGAUUCGAACGGCGGCGCUUCCGGACAAGACGAGAGCACGGGAGCCGAGGAAAGAAAACGAAGAGAGGCUGAAGAACACUUGACAGAUGAGGAAUAUUUGACAGAUGAACAAUAUUUGACAGAAGAUGAAGAAUAUUUAACAGAAGAUGAGGAGAGGAAAUAUCACGAGUGCAAACCCCGAAAUCCUUGCAAGAAAGUAUGGGGGAAAUGCGCGAGCAAGAAGAAAGGGUGUCCCAGUGGCCAGACUAUGCUCGUCAGCACUAAGGAGAUAAAAUAUUGUAGCAAAAAGAACUGUGUUUGUUGCACGGACGAGGUGCAGCAGCCAGCAUGCGUGUCCAAGAAGUGCGCCAAGAAGAAAGGUUUCUGCACCACGGACAAGAGCGAAUGUUCAGGGAAGAUCAAGGUUCAGAAGAAUUUCUGCAGUGGUGCCAACUGUGUGUGUUGCCUGCCCGCCAAGCAGUGCAAGAUCCAAAAAGAUUGUCUGGACUUGGGUGGUACGUGCGUGGACAUGAAGAAGUCUGAGGAGUGUAAGACGAAGCCUCUUGUAGGGAAGAACUACUGCAAGGGGAAGUGCGGAUGCUGUGUUCCUGAAGGUGAUGUGGUGGAUGAGUGUGGAUGAGUGGUGGAUGAAUGUUGUCUGCUGUUUCUUUCUGUUUAGUUAAGUUUCCCGUGACACAUGUUCUCUCGUUUUCUUUUUCACUCUUUCUGAUACUGAGUUUAAGCGACCCCCCGCCCCCUUUCCCUCCCUACGUAUGUGAAAUGUACCUCGUAUAUGGACGGAUAAGGCACUGUUUUGUUUGUCUUUAGAGGUGAAGGGUGAGAAAAACUGGCGGAGACGACUUAGAACGCCGAAAUUUAUAAAGUCUUUUUAUCUAUUUAUUUUUUUCGUUUAUUUUAUUUAUUUAUAUUUUUUUCUUAGUUUUUUUAUUUAUUUAUUUUAUUUUAUUUUUUGGUGGAAAAUACGAGAAGUAAAACUCUCUCUCUCUCUCUCUCUCUCUCUCUCUCUCUCUCUCUCUCUCUCUCUCUCUCUCUCUCUCUCUCUCUCUCUCUCUCUCUCUCUCU